GCUCGCGUUUUGGCGCGAGACGCGUCCGCAGCGAUCCGUCUGUGUUUGGACGUAACUCGAGUGGGGCGAUGCGGCGGUAUUCGAAAUAGAUUUGUUUGCCCGUGCCUACAAUUUGAGCGAAGAGGAGCGGGAUUGUGCUGUCCUCAGCUUUAACAAAACCACAAACCCUAAAAAUACACCACUUUCUGAAUCUUUCAUCUACCCCCUUCCUCAUUAGCACCUGCCUCUCUCUCUCCUCUGUUUCCUCUCAUUUUCAAUGAUCCUUUAUAUCACCCCUCUGCUCCACAGUUUCUUCUUUCCCUGUGGCGUUAACCAGACUCGUUGACUGUAUCCAAACCUGCGUCUCAUAGUCAUGUCAAUUUUCUGUGAACCCACACUCACUGCAACCCCUCUCCCCAUCCCGGUGCAUUUCUCACAAGCCCAGAAAUCCUUCUGUCUCAAAAAAAGGCGACUUCCUUUCUCUUCAUCCUCCUCCUCUUCCCCGUCAGUUUCUUCACCUCAUCUCCUCUCGCAUUCGCUGCCUCCUCGACCCCCUUCCAAAGGGUACCCGCCUGUCAGCCGGCUGUUUUCCCAGCGCCCCCCAUCCCCAUGGACACCUCAUUCACGUUCCCUUAUCAAGACUCCACCUCCAGCAUCGCUGUAUGACCCAGGAAGACCCCAGUCCUACUUCAGCCAGUGCUUCACCAACCUUGGUUUGCUAGGGAGAGGCUCCUUUGGGGAGGUGUACAAGGUCCUCAGCCUCCAGGAUGGACAGCUCUAUGCGGUCAAGCGCACUGUCCAGUGCUUCAGAGGCCAUGCGGACCGGAGGAGAAGUCUGAGAGAGGCUAGAAACCAUGAGCGUCUGGGUCCCCACCCUCAUAUCUUGGGCUUUCAGGCUGCCUGGGAGGAGAAGGGCCAUCUUUAUAUCCAAACAGAGCUGUGUUGUACCAACCUUUUAAUGUACGCAGAGGCCAAGGAGCCCAACCUGGAUGAGGCAGCAGUGUGGGGCUACCUGUGUGACUUGCUGUUGGCCCUGCAGCACCUUCACUCCCAGGGGUUCAUCCACUUGGACAUCAAGCCGGCCAAUGUCUUUCUGACUCAGUCUGGUCGUCUCAAGUUGGGGGAUUUUGGACUCAUGGUAAUACGCAAAGGAGAGCAGAUUGAGGGGCUGGAUGGGGAGGAAAGGGGGGAGGGGGAGGAAGGACAGGAGGGAGACCCGAGAUACAUGGCUCCAGAACUGCUGAGAGGAGAGUACAGUCCGGCUGCUGACGUGUUCAGCCUAGGCGUGUCUAUCUUGGAGUUGGCUUGUAACAUAGAGGUUCCAAAAGGCGGCGAUGGCUGGCAGGAGCUCAGACGGGGGAACCUGCCCUAUGAGUUUAUCAGCGGCCUUUCGGCUGAUCUGCGCUCAGUCCUGAAGGUGAUGCUGCUCCCGGACCCUAUGGAGAGAGCCACAGUCUCCCAGCUCCUGGCACUCCCAGUGGUGCGACGCCAGAAGCUCAAACGUCAAGUUUCUCUCUUCCUGGCGGAGUCCCUCCUCAUCCUCUUCUCCUUCUGUAAGUCCAUGGUGUUGUCGGGGUGGGGACUCCUUUCCACUCUUCAUUUUCCAUUUCUGCGUACCUGGAUGACAGCUGCACCACACACCCCCACCAAGGACAGCUGGGAGAAUGAUGUGGGGCACAGCAUAGCCCAUCCCAGCUUCUUGCACACGGACACAGGAAGCCUCGGCGAAGAGCUUGUUUUCUUCCCAAACGCGCUUGGAUUGGACCACUCUCCCACCUCCUCUCAGAGACUCCAGUCUAAGCUGUCUCUGGGGAGUACCUCCACCCCUCUGCCCAAGAUUUCCACACCCUCCCAGCACACUCCCCCACAGACUCCACGAUUCACCCAUAGCCCCAUGUGGAGUGUCACACACACUCCUGGAAGCACAAGGUCUUCCUGUUCACCCUCUGCAGACGUAACGGCUCUUGCGCACAGUAUGUCGCAGUCCGCCUCGUCGACUUGUGACGAUUCGCCAAGCAAGGACCUUGGCUCCGCACACAGUCCGGUCCUGAACUGGGUGAGGCCGGAGCUGUGCCCGAGGCCUGUCUUCGAACCCAAGAACCUGCUCUCCUUAUUUGAUGAAGCAACGCUUGAAGGGCUGUCCUGAGAACAAUGUGGCGACUUCGCACUUUGGCAAGCCACUGCUGUGUGCUUCAUUGCACUGAAAAAUGUGAUUUGUGUAUAUAAUUUCAGAUUUCUGCUCCUUAUUUGAUUUUUUUUUUUUUUUUUUCUUCCCCCCUCCAGGUAUUUUAUGCUCCGGCUUGAUUGGAAACUGUUCCAUGUAGGAUGUUUUGCUUGAAUUUAUGUAAAGACUUACUGCAUGAAAAUGUAUUGUUCCAAAGGUUUAGUCAUGAUGUGACAAUAUAAAUAGAGAACUUUUGGAUAAGAGGGUUAAUUUAUGAUCAGUAAAAUCAUGAAGGCCAUAAAGGCACAGGUAUGGUUGUGUGUUUACAUACCUGUAUGAGACCACAAUGUGUUACUGAGAAGCAGUGAAAGGGAAAGCUACUGCUUUCACAUGAGAUGAAUGAAUCUGUGUCUCAACUAUACUGACUGUCUCAGGGUGGAGAAAAUUAAUUGAUGCAAAACCUGAAUGACAAGUCUCUUGUUUAUUAUGCAUGAGGGGUUUGAGCUAUUGGAGAAUUUUACAAAUUUGUCUUAGCUUUUUUUAAUAGCAAAUAUUGUGUAAAAUCUGUCUUAAAAUCUUAGCAAGUAACAGUCAAGAACAGAUUGAUUGAAUUCUCACCCAGUGUCUCAUAACAUGUUUUAUACUGGUUUCCUCGUUAAGUAAUUUGAAAUCCUAAGUCCAUUUCUGGGAAAGCAUCACCUAAAU